AUCAGAUCUACAGCCUUUGCUGAAUCCUCCUCCUGUACCCCCUUGCUGGAGUCUCCUCCAGCAUCCCCUUACCCAUCAUCUCAUCUUGACGGGGCUUUUUUUUCUGCUGUCUUCUUUUGGAAUUUGACCAGUUCGGAUGUUUUUUUCUUCUUGCUAAGAAGAAAAGAAAACAAAGUCUUUUAUAGUCACAUAGAGCUGUCAGUCUUUUUUAUUUAAAGAAUUCAACUAUGUUUUUGUCUGUUAAUUGUGCACUUGCACGUGUGUAUAUGUGGAUGUUUUAACUCCGAGUUAUCUCUCUGAUCUCAACCCUAACCUUUUUAAAUGAUCAGCUGGGAAGGAAGAAGAUAUCAGAGUUUUGAACUAGAAGGAGCAAGCUUCAAGGACAAGUGUUAAAAUGAGAAUUCUUUGAAUCAGUUCUUGGGAAAUUAAGCUAGGGAACAGAUAAUGGUAGAUCCUAAGGAUGACUUCUGGGCAUGAGAAACCAAGAAUUUGUGAAGGGAAAACAAGAACCAGACAUGAGGAGAUAAAGACUUGAGCAGCUGGAGUAUUGGAUCAUUUGCCUGCUAUCCCAGCACUUGAAAGCAUCCAGGACCAUGGAAAGAACUGAGGUGGGAGAAAACGGACUUGGAAGGCUUCCAGGAAGCAAUGGGGAAACCAAUGGAUGACAGUAUCAGAAAGGUCACAGUGUUUUUAUCAUUAUUAUCAUUAUCAUAAUUAUGACAUUUAUCAGUAUGUGGAGGUUGGGCAUAUGUUCCAUGGUACACAUGGAGAGGCCAAGAAACAACUUGUGAGUUGGGUCUGUUCUUCCACCAUAUGGGUUUCAGGGAUCAAAUUCAGGUCACCAGGCUUGGUGGCAAGGACCUUGAGCUAGUGAGCCAUUUGCCAGACCAAUGACACAUUUUAAUUGACUGGUGACAUCUCAGAGUAGAAGAUGGGAGAGCGCCAAAGGCGAGGUGGGAAUAGGUAGUCAGGUGGACAUCCAACCUGCUUGCCACCAUGAGGUUUAAGUGACAGAUAAUGGAUGUUGCCUGCCUAUGAUUUACCAGGAAGCAUUUUCCUUCUGGGGGAGGCUAGUGUACCAGUCACACCAAGCAGUUGUGGAUGGGAGUUCAGUGAAUUUGAGCAAUGCUUGGUUCAAUAUGUCUAAGUGCCUUCUUGUUACCUAUAAUUUUUGCAAAGCCUUUGAGGAAGGCAGAGUGAGAAGAAAAUGAGGAGACGCCAUGUGAUUGCAGACACACAAUGGAUGCUCGCAUCAUGGAUGCUAGGAUGUUCUACAGCUAGAAGAACAGGAAGCGUCACAUGGGAAAGGAUGUCUGUACCUUUCUUGUUUGCAGGUGUGCAGGGUACUUCCUGGGCCAUUGCCAGGUCAUUUGCUGCUGGAGAGUCAUCUUUUACCACUAGCAAAAGAAACGGAAUUCACAUCAGAGAAAACCCCCUCUCAGAUUCCAGCCCCAGAGAACCACAGAUCAUCGGUUACACAGCUAAGUUUGACCGGCGCAGAAAUGCCAGAUAAAUGAAGACAUAAAGUGUACUUUUUUUGGUGUAUGGCUUUGUUUGCAUCCCUGUACUCUUGGGACCUGUUCCUGCAGGUUAGUAAUUUGUACCUCUUCAGCAGAGGUCUGAGCCUGGAGCCCUGGACAGGCCCUCGUCCCUAGCCACCUUGUCUCUGCCUCUGUUUUGCCUGUUAUUUCCAGGCUUCUGUUGGUUGCUUUUGUUUUAUUUGCAUCUUUACGCCUUUUUCUUUACCUUUCCACUUCAGGCUGGUUUUCUAACUUACAGAAUGAGAAUGAGCAUUCCAGAUAAGAGCAACAGUUGUGCAGAGUAAAUGUAAGGCACCCAUUCUUCAAAAAUGAUACUGUCCCCGACUGGCUGUGAUCCACUUCCGAAUUCUGUGAGAUGCCUCUUGUUCUCAAGACCAUGGUGAAAUUGCUGAAGCCCUGUGUUGCCUCGCUGUCAGUGUCACACCUUAGCAAGCAGCUCUGCCUGGAUUCUCUGCACUUGCCUUUGGUUGGUUGGAGGUGUGUGGGCGGGGUUGGGGGCGGUCUCUUGCUCUAGCUACCUUCAGAAGCUUCAAAAACUUUAUGAAGCCACACCCGACUUUUCCUACUCUGCUGCUCAAUUAUCAGAUCCCAGCUUCUCUGGUUCUGACUUACUAGGGUGCCAGGACAGUUCCAAGUCUGAGAGACUGCAGACAAUCUAACUCUUCCUGGUCUUUCCAGGCACCGCCCCGCUUAGGGUUAAGGGACCACUUCCUUCCUAUCCUAACCAGCCAGCUGGCCUUAGACAGCUCUGAGCCCUUCGCUGAAACAGACCCUUCCACCUUCUUUCCUUAGAAGGCAGCAGGAGUCCCAGGUUUCUGGGGACUUGGGCUGUCUUUGCUCCUCCCCUCUGGGGCAGAGACUGGGGGUGGAGGGCAGUGCUUUAGUGCAGUGUUGUCAUAGUUAGGCAAUUUCACUUUCCUUUUUCUCCUCUUUGGAGGCCCCUGAAGGAGUUCUCUCUGGGCUUCCCAGAGACUCAGAGGGGGUUCGGUCUACCCUGAACCCAGUUCAGGGUCCCUUGCAGUCUGUGUAGGGGAUGGCAGGAGGCAACAAUGAACUCAGCAGCAGGACAAUCCCAGAGGACCAGAAUGAAGAGGAGUCAGAUGACUAUCAGCUCAUGUUCAAGCACUUCAAAGAAAACAAGGUGGAGAUCGCAAGUGCCAUCACCAAGCCGUUUCCUUUCCUCAUGAGCCUUCGAGACCGAGACUUCAUCUCGGAGCAGAAGUUUCAGGAAUAUCAAGAAACAUGUAAGAACCUGGUCCCAGUGGAGAGAGUCGUGUACGACGUCCUCAGCAAUGUACAGAAGAAGUUUAGCCGGGAUCUUCUGAAAGUGAUAUUCAGCAAAACACAUCUGAAGGCCUACCCCGACUUAAAGGAGACUCUAAAACACUUCUUCCUAAAUGUUUCUGACAGUCACAGGACUCAUCAGAGGAUAAAUGGAAGAAAUGUUGAAGAGAGGCCCAGACUGCCAUCAGUUGUUAGGGAAGCAUCCAAAACGAAUGAUGAACAAGCAGAGGAGAUGCUUAGCCUCCCACAAUGCAAUGGAGGAGAGGGAAGUAGUUCUUGUGAACAAACGUGUGAUGAACAAGAGCCCCAGGAUGACCUGCCCUCAUCCCUGAGACAAGAAGCAGCAAGAAGAAAAAAACGUCCGAACUGGUCAAAUUCCAAAAGAAGACUGCAGAAAAAAAAGCCCCGUCAAGAUGAGAUGAUGGGAGUGCCCUCACCUGGACAUGGAGUUCAAGAGAAGCUCAAGGCGGUGAGCAGGAGGACUUUGUGGAAAGAUGACUCAUCUACGAACGUGAAGGAGGUGACCAAGACACUGAGAGCAAGGAUGAGGUGUGGCACCUGCCAUUGGAAAGGCUCAGCCUGGGCAAAUCUCUCAGAGCUGGUGCAGGGGUCGAGGGAUACAUGACCUCCGUGUUAGCAGAGAGAUUUUCAGAGAGAACAGGCGAGGGGCAAAGAGAGGCAAGGAAUGGCCAAGGAGUUUUUGAUAAAGAAACAGCCACAGGUCACCUCAGUUGAGACCUAAGGCAGAGGGUGUCAACCCUUUAGAUUUAACAAUCGUAAAGAUUACUAAAAACUUCCCAAGGUGUACGUCUGUGUUGUUUAUGUCUACCUGUUUCUCCAUUAUUCAUAAUUUAAAAAAAACAUAAUUUAAAAUAAAAUCUUUGUUUAAAGUGAAAUAAUUUGGUCAAGGAAGCAUGUGAGAGAAAAUUAUUUCUGAAGCAAAAACAAACUUAGAAGACGGGUGUCCAUGCAAGCUCCUGCAGUUCUCAGUGAUGUCGGGCUCUGUGAGAAACAGGUAGAUGCUUAGAGCUGCAUCUGAACUCACGCACCUGACUGUGGUUGUGGCAGAGGAUGGGGAGAGGAUCUCGCAGCACAUGGAACUCCAGUCCUUUGCAAGGGCACUGCAUGCUCUUAACCAGCCCCAUCAUCUCUCAGCUAGACUCUGAAUCCUUAUCUCUGGUACUGUUGUUCUCUGCUAAAAUAAACUGUUAUGCCAGCUGCA